AUGGAGCCCAGCGGGUCGGUGCCGGCGGAGCUGAAACGCCGCAAGCCCCCGCAGCGGGCCAGGAUCCCCGCGCCCUUCUUCGCCCACUCGGUAGGUCGCCUGCACCGCCCGCAGCCCCCGGCCCGUCCCUUCGACUGCCCCCCCCCCCCCCCCCCCGAGCCCCCCGUGACUCUGCCCGCGCAGGAUGGGGCGGCCGAACCGGUGGACCCUCCCGGGCCGGACCCCGCGGAGGCAGACGCGGACUCGCUGGUGCCCACGCACGACGAGCGGGGCCGCCCCAUCCCCGAGUGGAAGCGGCAGGUGAUGGUGCGACGGCUGCGGGCCGGGCUGGCGGACGAGGAGGCGGCGGGCGGGCAGGUACGGGGCGGCCCCGGGGCUGACGGUCCCUCUCCGCAGGACGCGGGGUCCUGGCGCUUCUCGCCCUCCCGCCAGGCCGUGCUGGGCCCCUUCGGGGAGCUGCUGACCGAGGCGGACCUACGGCAGCUGGAGCGGGCGGUGGAGAGCCUGCGGCUGCGGCGGCGGGGAGAGGCGUACCAGGGUGAGCUGCGGCGCCUGGCGCGGGAGUUGCGCGCCCUCCUGCCCGUCCCGCUGCUCCGCGUUAGCGUGCGCAGCCCCCCGCCCGCCCCCGGGCAGCCGCUGCCCCUCUGCCUCCGCCGCGCCUUCGAGCCCGCGCGGGGGGCGGCGGAGGGGAAGGCGGCCGGGGGGAGCGGGGCGGAGGCCGCCAGCGACUCGGGCAUCGGCUGCGAGGAGGUGGAUUCCGACGGCGGCGGCGGCUCCCCGGGGCCGGAAUGGGGCAGCCUGAGGAAGGAGCGGAUCGUGAUGCUCUUCCUGAGCCACUGGAGACGGUCCGCCUACGGGCCCCCCCCGCCGGCCGUCGGGGCCCCCCGGGAGGCAGCGGGGACCGCGGAGGGGGGGGCGGCCCGGCUAGCGCGGCAGCGGGCGGCCAUCCAGCGGCUUCUGGGCGGCUGGCGGGACGCCGCCUCCCGCCACCCUCCGCCACCCCCCGCCGCCGGCCGUGCCCCGCUUUCCCCGGAGCAGUUCGUAGCCAGAGCCGGGGGGGGACCGGCCGACUACGAGAGCCUGUCGCUGGAGCUCUUCAUGUUGGGCUAUUUCCGCAUCCUGGAGCAGGAGUUGUCCCCCGAGGAGCGCCGCGGCCGCCACCUCCUCUGCUUCGAGCUCUUCGAGCAGCUGGGCCGGCACGGCUGGCGGGCGGUGCGCGCCUUCCACCGCGCCGUCACCGACGAGAUCGCCGCCGGCCGGCGGGGCUGGCGGGACGGCUUCGACGACAUCAAGGCGAGGUAUUUCGGAACCCCCCAAAAUUCGGCCCGGGGGGGAGCCGGGGUGGAGGGAGAAGAGAUCUGCCGCUACAUCGACCGCAGCUUCGCCUUCUGGAAGGAGCGGGAGGCCGAACUCUUCGGGCCGGAGGGGUGA